AUGAUUCCGCCAGCAGUGGCCCGCCUCUCGAGGGUGUGGUUUCCAAGCGGCGGAAUCGCAGCCUCGGGAGUUGAAGAUGCUCACGCAAAGCUGAUCCGCGCCGGCUUCCUACGUCAAUCAAAUGCAGGCAUGUUCCAUAUGCUCCCGCUAGGGAAUCGGGUACAGGACAAGGUAGAGCGGCUAGUUGCGAGCCGCAUGGAGGAGCUGCUGGAAUCUCUGUGGGAAAAGAGUGGUCGCUUGGACAACGUUGCGUCCGAGCUCUUUCGUUUUUCUGACCGCAGGGACGUGCCUUAUCUGCUCGCCCCGACGCAUGAGGAGGAAAUUACCACUCUCGCGGCCCGGUCGGUGAAGUCCUACAAGGAGCUUCCGCUCCGGCUGUACCAGAUCACGCGCAAGUACCGUGAUGAAUUCCGUCCACGCCACGGUCUCCUACGUGGGAGAGAGUUCAUCAUGAAGGACUUGUACACCUUCGACAGCAGUGUCGAUUCAGCCCUCGAAACGUAUAACGACGUACGUGCGGCCUACAACCAAAUAUUUUCCGAUAUGAAACUGCCCGUCUUAUCCGCCAAAGCCAGCUCUGGUGAUAUGGGAGGCGACCUGAGCCACGAAUAUCACCUCCCCACUCCGCUUGGGGAGGACCGCGUCAUCAGCUGCAGCAGCUGUAACUAUGUAGUCAACGAGGAGGUAGCCAACACGGCCAUAUCCGACGAGGUCGCCACCGAUAGCCCCUUCGAGAUCUGGCGGGGCAUCACCAAGGACCGGACCAAGCUUGUCAAUGUCUGGUACCCCAAGUGGACCCGACCGUUGGACGGCGGAGAAGCGCGCGAGUACACCGAUCAAGACAUCAACCUGUCCGAGGUGAAAUACAUUGUGCCCGACCUCGACACAGCGGUCGAGGACGCCCUCCCCUUCUGGUCGGCCGCGGUAGCCGCCGAGACAAGAACAGCAACCGAGAUCAUCAACGUCGUCGACGGCCGUCUCCCCUCCUCACUAGCCAGCAGCCUCAGCGGCCCUACACCAACCCAUUCCAGCUGGCCCUCAACCCUGAACCCCCCAACAACCCCACUCCGCAACUCCCCUCCUCUCCAAAGUAACGGCAACUCCUCCCUCAACCUCCUCCGCCUCCGCACGGGCGACAAAUGCAACCAGUGCUCCUCCGGCCACCUCCAAGUGUCGCGAGCCAUGGAGCUCGGCCACACCUUCUUCCUCGGCACGCGGUACUCGCAACCGCUCCACGCAAUGGCGACCAUCCCCCCCGCCACCCAACCGACGCCCUUGCAGAUGGGGUGCUACGGGAUCGGAAUCUCGCGCAUCAUCGGGGCGGCGGCGGAGCACCUGGCCGACCAGACGGGCCUGAACUGGCCGGCGGCGAUCGCGCCGUACUCGUGCGUCGUCAUCCCUGGGAAGGACGCCGAUGAGGGUGAUGCGGUGCAGGUGUAUCAGCAGAUUGAGGGGAUUGUGGGACCGGAGAGGCGGUUGGUGGAUGUGGUGCUGGAUGAUCGGGCGAAGUCGUUGCCGUGGAAGAUGGCGGAUGCGGAUCUGAUUGGGUUUCCGGUCAUUGUGUUGCUGGGGAGGGAGUGGCGCGCCGCGCGGAGAGUGGAGGUGCAGUGCCGCAGGCUGGGGGUGAAGCAGGCGGUGGAGAUCGCGGACUUGCCGGUGGUGGUGGCAAAGCUGCAUGCGUCUCUGUGA